ACAAUCGACGCAGUUAUGAUUUCUUACUUGCUCCUUACUCUGUUUGUUGCAAGCACUCAUUGCAAAAUUGUACUGGCUGAUGGUACAAGCAAUUGGUCGGACGAGAGCCCGGAAACUUGUGUACAGGCGUAUGAACGGCUGGAGGGCAGGAUGAAGACAUAUGAGAGCGAGCUUCAUAGGCUGAGCUCCAAACUAGAGAAAAUGGAGCAAUCAAAUGCGGUUGUCAAGCGGAGUACACGCCAGGUGGGCGCUGGAUUAGCUGCGUUUUCAGCGGGGGUUUCCGCCUUUGACCUGGACAAUUUAGGAGAACACCAAACCAUCCUGUUCGACAACGUCAUAACUAACGUUGGCAACGCUUACGAUCCUAACAGUGGCAUGUUUACUGCACCUGUAGAUGGCGUAUAUGUAUUCACAGCGGUACUGAUGGUGAACAGUAAUCAUGCCGAAUACCUGGAGCUGAUAUCUGGCGGUGUUAAAAUAACGGACGUAUACGCGGACGCCCACAACAUCAACGCGCAUGUGUCAACCAGCAAGACCUGGGUACUGGAACUUACGGCGGGAACUAGGGUCUGGUUGAGGACAACCGCGUACGAGAACGAGAGCCAGAUACACGGUAACAGUCAUUCCAUGUUCUCGGGGUUUCUGCUGUCUGAAACCGAACACUAACUACAAGAAUCAACACCGAUUCACCCUUUGCCCACGUCGUGAUUUUGAUUCCACUUUUAACAGGUUUUUUAUUAAGCUAAAUCCCAAAACACUCUUGUUCGUGAAACCGCUUUAGUGGUUUUCCAACCUAAUCAUGCUAUUAUCUU